CACAAAAUCCUGAGCAAUGAUAUACCAAGAAAUGAAAUAACGUGGUCGUAGCACCGUCUACUUCUGCACACUGGAGGCCACGGAUUUAUCUGAAGCUUCUUUUUCUUCUCCUUUAGCAUCAUUAAAUAUCUCAUCAAGUGUCUUUGUUGUAGUAGGUGUGGACUGGGGGAGUCAGGAUCCCCACCUUUGGUAGUGACCCAUGGGUGAAGAUGGCACAGAAGAGGCAAGAGAAAUAGCAUCUUGUGAUGAAGAUGCAACGUUGCCCCACUCCCUUCACUGUUUUAUUCCUGUAGCUAAAGUCAGUACCUAAAAUUACUUUGUUAUAUGUUUUUAUUGUUGACCUCGGGCCACAGGAGUGCACGCUCGCUCCUCGAAAGCAGAGUCUUUCCUGCCAGAUCUAACGCUGUAUCUCGCCCCUAGCAACAUGCCCCUGGCACAGAGUAAUAGUCAGUGACUAUUACUGGAAUAAGCGAAUGCACGAAUACUCAAGCCCCAGUCUCACACUCGCUCGGCCAUCACGGCGCUCCCCAGCGUAGGGCCCUGAGGCAGGCGCGGCAUCCUCCCAGGCUGCCUCGGCGGGACCCUCGCGCGGGGGCCUCUGGGAAGUGUAGUCCGCGCGCCAGCCGCGGCCCACGGGGUUGCGGGAGCGAGGCUCCGCGAGCGCAGGCGCACUUCCGGCUCUGUCCCGUCGCUGCGGCCAUUGUCCGGUCCCGCUGCGGCUGGGGCCGCUUUGGGCCGCUCCUUCGCACAUCAGAAUUGGAGAGGACUGAACCUGCAGCGGGAGCGGGAGGAGCUGGCCCGAGCCCUGGGUGGGCCCGAGGUCGCGAAAUCCAGAGCCCUCGGGAGGCGGUGAUUCCGAGUGCGCGGGUCCGGACGGCACCUCCCACGGGUUUGGCGUGUGUCCGCGGGGCCGCGCCCACCAUUCUGCGGCCCCAGUCUGGGAGCCGAGCCCUGGUGAGGCAGGAAUGGCCCCGAGGCCUCCAACAGCCGCGUCCCAGGAAUCAGUGACAUUCAAGGAUGUCGCUGUGGACUUCACCUGGGAAGAAUGGCACUACGUGGACCCUGCUCAGAGGCGCUUGUACAGGGAUGUGAUGCUGGAGAACUACAGCCACCUGGUUUCUCUUGGAUAUCAAGUUUCCAAGCCAGAAGUGAUCUUCAAAUUGGAGCAAGGUGAAGAGCCAUGGAUAACAGAGGGAGAAAUCCAAAGGCCUUUCUGUCCAGAGCUUGGCUAAGACUAAAGAGUGGCACAUCAAGGAGGAGGGAUUAACGGCUAAACAAAGCACAGCCAGGUGAGUUGUUAAUAGGUACCAUUUAUUGAAUGCUUCCUAUUUGAAAGAAAUGGUGCUACGUAUUUUACAGCCAUCAUUUCAUUAAUCCUUAGAAGUACCCAUUCUAGGUCUUGUGAUAGCUUUUGUCUUUGCCCAGCUGUUUUCUCCCUCUUCCUCUUGUAACAGUCCCUGCUGUGCUGACCACAGGAACACAAGUCAAGACAUCCAUGGGGCUUGGUGAUAGUUCUAGGGGGAAGCAUGUGACCUAGUUGAGUCAGUUGGAGUUCUUUGCCAGAACUUUUUCAAAAUAGAGUUGGCAGGGACACUUUAAUUUUGAGGUUGCUACGCUGGAAAAGUGAAGGCCUUGAGCUGCCUGGAGCCUGAUUCCUUAUCAGAGGGGAGGUCUGUUGUAGUAGGAGAGGAUGCAGCUGAUGUGAUGGUGUUCUCAUUUCUAAUCCCUGAGGUCCUUGGUCCUGGCUUAAUUUCUGAAACCUUUCCUGGGAUUCACUGGGCUCCCCACUAUCAGUCCAAUGAUCCCCCCCUUUUGGAUUAAGCUAAUUUGUCAGAUUUCUGUUGCUUGCAUUAAAGAAACCUAGUACAUAUAUUAUAUUCUUGUUUUAUAAUAGGGGGAAAAACCCAGAGAUGUAAUUCACUUGAGGUAGCACUGCCCAUGACAGAUUCAGGCUUCGAACCCAGGACUAUCUGGCUGCAAAGACAUAGCACUUAACCUCUCACUGUCUCCAGAGCCAUGUUAUGUUCAAGGAGCGGCAUAUGACGCAACAUCGUUGGAGGGGUGAGUGGAUGAAGGAAUAUAGUGAUAGGUUGUAGGCCAUGCAGAGACAAAACAAUGAAGGGCCUUGGAAUGUUUUUCCUAUUUCAGUAAAUUAAAUCCCCUAAAUUCACCCGCGACCUUUACACUUAAUCUAUCAGUUAUUUACAUUUGCCCAUACUGUAGAUAAGAUCUUGUAUCGUAUUUUAAAAAAAAAUGUUCGUCAUAGAUAUUUUCCAUGUUCCUACACAGUCUCAAGAGCUCCUUAACAAGUAAGUCCCCUACUUUUGCAACAUACUUGGAUUGUUUUUGGUGGUGUUUUUUAUAAUAAUGACAUUGAAUACUUUAUUUUUUUAAGCACCCCUCCUCUUUUUCUUAUAGAACCUUUUCUUAAAAUAUCCAGAAUGAGAGAAAAUAUCCAAAAUGGGAUUACUGGGUCAGCCUGUGUAGGUUAGUAUAACCAGAUGAUGUGAGACUCAUACAAGAAUAAACUGGAUACAACAGCACAGAAAUAAUAGUCUCAAAAUUGCAAAAGGGAGCCAGGAGAAAACCAGUCUCCCGCUCCUGAUGUCUGGGUGUCUCUGGGGAAGGCCCCAGGCAGGCAUUAUGUCCACCAGAGCAUCUGGCUCAGCUCUGUGCCAGCUUGGGAAGAUAAAACUGCAGUUAGAAGACACGAUGAUGGUGCUGCCCAAUUCCUUAUAGCUGCUGAACUAGUUAGUUCUUACUCAUCUGUUAAAAUGCAAAUGUCACUUCAGGGAAGGUUUUAAUGACUGCCCUACUUAAACCAAAUCAGUCUCCUUUUAUAUUUUCACAGAUUACUGUUAAUGUCCUUCAUGUUACCACAAUUUGUGAUUGUUUGCUUGUCUCCCCACCCCACCCUGCACUCAGUUGUGAGUUCCAGGAAGGCAGGGUCCGCGUCUACCUUGCUAACUUUUUUUGUUCCCCUGCUUAUCACAAUGCAUAAGUAGGUACUUAAUACCUUGUUAAAUGAGAGAUGAAGUGGAGAUUUGUUGAUAGACAAAGAAGACUGACUUAUAAAUGAAAAGGUAAUCAGUCUUGAAAUCAGAAUAUUGCAAAAGAAAGCAGUAAGUUACUAUUUCAUGCCCAUUAGAUUGGCAAAAAUUUGGAAGUCUGGCUGGGGAAAAUGAGAACCUGUAUACACUGCUGGUGAGAGGGUAAAUUUGUAUAAUCAUUUGGGGGAGUAAUUUGGCAAUAUCCAGUAAAUUGAAGCUAAGCAUACCUUGUGACCCAGCAGUUCCAUUUCUAGGUCUAUACCCCAGACUAGACAUUCUCCCAGGUGAGCACCAAGACAUGCACAAGGAUGCUCACUGCAGCAGUAUUUGGAGUAGUAAAAAUACGGACACAACACAAAUGUCAGUAAGUGAAUGGGCUAAUAAAUCGUAGCAUAUUCUUAUAAUUUAAUACAAUGCAGUACUUAAAUGAAGGAACCACAGCAUCUGGCAAAAACAAAAACAAACAAAAGCCCAGCUCUGCCUAUUCCACUCCUGUACCCACGCGGCUAAUCGUGGCUGGAGAAAUGGAGCCACGGUGACUAGUCCCACUUUAAAUUCCUGAUUGCCAACCCCAAGCGUUUGUUUCCCUGGUCAAGUCAGUGUCCCAGUCUCCUAAGGCACUGUUUUACAGCUUCUCUCUUCUCAACCUCCGGCACUUCACCCCAUCCUCACUCAGCUGGUUACCUUAUUUCCUAGUUAACGGAGGAAAAUAAAAUCGAUCAAAAGAUAACUACUCACCUGCGUGCAUCUUGUCUGUGCGCUCUUCCUUCCUGUUCCUGUGGUUGACACUUGGUUCUCUUAUCUAAGACCAACUUCUUUUCUGAUGCACUAGAUCCCAUUCUUAAACUAGGACGUCAUUCCUACAACUGUCCUCUUUCCUGCAUCUUUUUCUUGGCUACUGAAUCUUUCCCAUCAGCAAAAUUAUGUGUAGUUUUUCUCAUCUUCAAUAUAUAUAUUUGUAAAUAUAUGUCAAUAUAAAUAUAUAUGCUGCAUCCCCCUCCGCCUGCCACUCCAUUUCUUACUUCACUUAGUAGACACUCAAUAGAGGUGUCUCAUACUCAUUGUCUCCAGUUAUCUCUUGCACCUCCUCCAAUCAGGUCUUCGUUUCUGCUGUUGUCAAAUGUCACUGAUGGACUCCAUGUGGCUAAAUCCAAUGGUCUUUUUCCAAUCCUUUUUCUUGACCUUUCAGCGUCAUUUGGUACAGUUGGCUACUUCCUCACUCUUGACACAUUUUUUUCCCCUUGGUUUCCAGGUUAUCACACUUACUUAGAUUUCCAUAUACUUUAUUGACAGCUACUUCUCCCAGGUUGUUUUUCUUUUUGCUGUAGACGUGGAAAUUCUAUGGCUGAGUCUUUGGACCUCUUUUCUUUUUCUUCAGUCACCCUCAUUGGAGCUCGCUUCCUGUCUCCUGGCUUUCUGCUUGUUGACAACUUCAAAUUUUCUAUCUCCAGCCCAGGAUUCCGUACUGUAUAUAUAUACCAUUCCAUACAACCAAGUGCCUAUGCGACAUCUCCACUUGGGUGUCUAACAGAUAUCUCCAAUGUAAUAUGUCCAAAGAUGACCUAACCCAUAAUCUCCCCUUUUCCCAGCGCUAUCAUAAUCAUGUUCCUCCCUCAGUCUUCCCAUCUGGAAAAAGCCAACCCCAUCCUUCCAGUUGCUCAGGUCCCAAAGUGGGAAAUCAUUCUUGAUUCCUUUCUUUCACACCCCACAUCCAAGCUUCAGUAAGUCCUGUUGGCUGACUUACAGGCUAUAUGAGGAUGACCAUUUCCUGUUGCCUCUACCUUCACCCAAGUCACUGUCAUCAUCUCUGCCUCAGAUAUUUGCAAUAGCUUCCUAAUUGGUUUCUCUGCUUCCAUUCUUGCCUCUCUAUGUUCACAGUUCAUCAGCUAGAGUGGUACUGUAAAAAUCUAGGAUCAUGUCACUCCUCUGCUCGUAGCCCUCCAAUAGCUUUUCAUUUUACUGAAUAAAAGCUAAAGUAAAAGCUCUACGUAGUUUUGCCACCACCUGUCACCCCAUAUUGCCUGACUCACCAUAUCUUCCUUCAUGAUCACUCUGCUCCAGGCCCACUGGCCUCCUGCAGUAACUUAAACACACAUGGCAAGUUUCCACUACAGUGUCUUUACGUUUGCUGUUCCUUUUCCUGGAAUCCUCUUUCCCUAGAUAACACAUGGUUUGGCCCCUCACGUCCUUCAGAUCUUUACUCAAGAUCUUACCAGAGAGCACUUUCUUGCUUACCCUAUCAAAAUAGCAGUCCCCCUCCAUGGCACACCCCUUCUCCCUUCCCAGCUUCAUUUUUUCCAUAAUAGCUACCACCACCUGACAUUCUAAGUAUUUCACUUGUUUAUUAUAUGUCCUUCUCUAGAAGGUAAGCUCCAUGAGAGUAGGGAUUUUGGGGGGGGUGGGAGAGGUGGUGGUAAACUUUCUUGAAGCAUAACAUACAGAAAAGUGCACAAAAAGCAAAUGAACAGCUUGAUGAUAGAGGGCAGCAACUUUUCUCUCUUUUGUUCAGUGCUGUGUCCCCAGCACAGGAGAUACUCAAGUAUUUAAUGAAUGGUUGAACUCGAUGUACAUGUAUUAACAAGGCUUACAUACUGUAAACAGUUGAAAAUAAAGUUGAGGGUUACAUA